GCGAGAAAAAGACGGCGCAGCCGCCCGCUGAAGAAAUAAAAUAAGAGUUAAAAAUUACGACGAACAUGCCUUUUAAUCUCUACGCAAUCGAAACGAAUACAUACCCCCAUCUCUCAGCAUUGUGCGCGUCCAUAAUCGGCUUUCAUCUGGUGCCCUGCAACUGUCCAGACCCUCUCUGAACUGCUGCGAUCGAGUGGAAUUGAAAGGCUGAUUGGAGAGAAUAUCUGCCACCCAGGUAAAAUGGCUGAUACUACAGAAGCAGAGAGCUGAACAUCACACAUUGCCCCUUUUCUUCUUUGUUCGAGGAUCAUUUUAUGUGGACAUUUCCCCCUUCCAUUUCAAUUUUCUCAUCAUGGCUAUGCAUGAUAUGAAUCGUGCCAAGGGUCUCCCUUGCAAAGAAUGCGACAUCAUUUGCCCAAGCACACCUAGCCUACUGGAGCACAUGAAAGCACACUAUCAUCAAGAAGAGAAUGGCAGAUUUGAAUGUGAACAGUGUGGACGUGUUUUUAAGCAUGCCAGUAGCUUGGCUUCUCACAAAAAGACUCAUGAGAUGGGGUCCUUCCAGUGUCCAGUGUGCACCAGAACUUUGCCCAAUGCGAUGGCGCUUAAAAACCACCUCCGCAUCCACACCCUGUCUCCAAGUGGCCAAGGUGAGGAGGAGAACGAUGACAAUGUCGACGAAGAAAGGGAUUACAAUCUAGCGCGAGAUCUGUCUGAAGCAGCUUUUAGGAGUCACAUAAAUAACAGUGGAAUGAUGCCUGGCAAUGACCAUGAUAAGCAAAAAUCUCCGGGAGCAGAAGAUGCCUGGGACAGGCCGUUUAAGUGCGACCAAUGCGACAGGACGUAUCGUCAUCACGGCAGUCUGGUUAACCACAAGAAGUCUCAUCAAGAGGGCACGUAUAAGUGCAGUGUCUGUUACAAACAAUUCAACAAUCUUGCUGCCCUCAAUGCUCACGAACGCACUCAUUCGAAAUUUAAACCAAUGUCCAUGGGGUCCCUUGUGCCUGAAGCACCAUCUGAUCCCCGCCCUCCUGGUUCCCAGAACGAUGAUAUGGUGCCCAGCUUUUGCCAUCUUUGUCAGGUGUCUCUUCCUAAUAAGAAUGACUUUCAGGAGCACAUUUUGUUACAUAACGCUGCAUCAUCUUCGCUGGGACUGCCACGUAGUUUCCCAGGGAUAGUGCCUCAUAAUCUCAGCUCUGUUCGCUCCCCAACGGUAAAUCCGUAUACACCUGCUCUGGGUGAUCCCCUUCCAUUGCCUCCAUUGCCAGAUAAACGGUAUGACCCAAUGCUAGGCCCCCCAGUUUCUAAUUCCAUUUACACCUGUGCAUAUUGCGGAUCAGGACAUCCUGACUUAGAGAGCCUGAAAAUUCAUUACCUUACUCAUGACCCACACACUACAAUACACAAUACACAAGAAAGCCCUGUUAUUUUAAAUUCAAAUGCAUUGGCCUCAAACUCCCAACCCUCAGUAUCAUCCAAUGGUGAGGCAAGGUCUCAAGGGGAUUCUUCAGCCAUUGAUGAUGCCGAACGCAGAUUUAAGUGUCAGGAGUGUGGGAAAAGCUACAGACACGCUGGUAGUCUAGUUAAUCAUAAACGCUCCCAUCAAACAGGUCAUUAUCAGUGCACCGUUUGCUGUAAACAGUAUCCACACCUAGCAGCCCUUCACAGCCACCUCCGUAGUCACAAAACCAGGCCAAACUCGCAAUCGAUGAGCACAGAGGGUGAUUGGCUUUCCUCUGAGCCAAUGACAGGACUAGAUUCCCAACAAGGCUUUGUGCAUUCUCAAGAUCAGGAUAGUGGUGCAACAACUCCAAUUUCACUGCCUGGCAAUCUCGGUGACGCAGCCAACUUUGUUCCAGAUGGUGGCCAUACAAGCGGUCUGGAUUCACUGGAAUUCCACGACCGCUUUGGCGGCGCUCUCGCUCAGAGCAGUUCUGGCCACUCCCCACUGCCCCAAAAUCAUCGUCAGGCAGAAAGCGUCAACCAGGGAGGUAUGUCAAACGGAUACCUUAAUAACAUGAGCUUCCAUAGUCCCAGUGGUGCCUCCUUGCCAGCAGGUGCUGGCAACCUCAAAGAAAGCAGCCGUCAGAGGCGUCAGGACCAGAUGCCCUUUGGGGGAGUCCAGGCCAACUCCCAGAGCAACAGUAAGAGGCUAGAUAAAGACGACGAAGAUGACGAUGGAGAGGUCUAUCAGUGCACCGUCUGCGGAAACCAUUACGCCAGUCUUAGGGCACUUCGUAGCCAUUUACGAAGCCACGGUGUUAACCAGGGUGCAGGGCCUUCUUCUGCCCUCUCUCCUAUAGGUGAGCAGGAGUGGAGGAGGCGACAAGAGGGUAAUGCAGGCAGUCUUAUAAUCUGUAGCACUUGCGGCCAGAGCUUCAGCAGAAAGCAGGACUUGCUAAACCACCAGCUGGUCCACGGACCCCAAAGACCAGAUGGAUCUACACAGGGCUUGGGUGGCACUAGCGUUAAUUCUAAUGGCAAAAUGGAUGGAAGGAACCACAUUUGCGUUGACUGUGGCAUGUUCUUUGCAGAUCGGCAUCAGUUGAUCACUCACCUGUGUCCAGGCAAGGCGAGAGCGGGGGCAUUGAACAAGGGCAUGAACGGAGCAAAAGUGAUGACUGGUGGUGCCGGUACCAGUGGCAGCGGUGGCCCUGUAGUCUCACAGCAGAUGCCAGACUCUGAUGAUCGCCCCCACAGGUGUGACCAGUGCGGACGGAGUUACAGACACCCCUGCUCGUUGCUUAACCAUAAGAAAUCUCACAAGACUGGGGUCUUCCGCUGCCACGUCUGCCAAAAACGCUACUACAACCUACUGGCCCUCAAGAACCACCAGAGGACUCAUUUUGACUUAAAGAGGCACAAGUGCGAGGAGUGUGGGAAAGCCUUCAAGAUUCAGAAGCAGUUGAUAAAUCAUCUACGGUUGCACGAAGAGCACAGAGCAAAGACUGGAGAUCGAGACCAACGCGUUCAAGGCAUGUCUCAUCCCAAUGGUGCUCGCUACGAGGGAGGCCCGUCACAGCUUCAAGCUAUGAGAAUGGGCGAGCCACCCAAAAUUCAGAAUCCCCCCGUGAACUCCAAUUACGGUCAGCCUCAAGGUUUCAAGAGACCGUAUGCAGGUGCCAGAGCUCAGCAAGUCGACGACGGUAGCGGUCGUCGGCCCUUUGUUUGCGAUCAGUGUGGACGCACUUACCGCCACGCUGGCAGCCUGGCCAAUCACAAGAAUCUCCACAAGAUUGGUGAAUACCACUGUAAUGUGUGCAACUCGACGUAUCCCAAUCGACUGGCAAUGAAGAACCACCUUCGAAUGCAUUUUGCUCUUAAGAAGUACACCUGCACAGACUGCGGUAGGGGCUUCAGGAACCAAAGGCAGCUUGAAACGCACACCAGCAACCAGCUCUGCAAAGAUCUUCCUGGCCCACUUCCUGGUCCCAGUGUGCAGACUGCACCACCUCCGGCCGAAUACGAAUGCGAUGGGUGCUCGCAGAUCUUUUCGACAACCACAGACUUGGCCUCGCAUAACUGCAGCGCCCAGCUUCCCUCUUCCUCAGCCUCCCUCAACAGCUCCAACAUGAGCAUGGAGACGGGCGACAUAGGGUCUCCGGAACGUGAAGAACGCCCUUUUUCCUGCGACCUUUGCGGCUGCUCUUACAAGCACGCUAGCAGUCUUCUCAACCACAAGAACACACACAAAAUAGGCAACUUCAACUGUUCGUUUUGUGACAAACCCUACACCAACUACAUGGCACUGCGCAACCACAUGAGAAUCCACACACAGAAGAAGCGACACAUCUGCUCGACCUGCGGCAAGGCCUUCCGGCUGGCCCGCUUCCUUCGGAACCACCAGAGGGUCCACGAGGAGGGCCACACACGCUUCGGGUGCCCCACCUGUGGGAAGAGCUUUCAGGGUCGUUCGGGGCUGGCCAGGCACCGCUGCGGGGACAACCAGGUAGGCAAGGAGGGCGUGCAGAAGGCUACUUCGAGCACAAGAGAGGAUUACCGGUUCACAUGUGACCAGUGUGGCCGUUCUUACCGGCAUGCCAGCUCACUCCUUAACCACAAAAACACCCACACAGUUGGCAUCUACCACUGCGCUGUGUGCCUCAAGACCUACUCCAACCUGCUCGCACUCAAAAACCACCGUCGUAUUCAUUCUGAGACACGCCGACACCGCUGCCCCGAAUGCGGCAAGGCAUUCCGUGUAUCAUCCCAACUGCAGAAUCACCGCCGUGUGCACCAGAAGGAACGGGAGUUUGCCUGCACUCUGUGCCAGAGGAGCUUUCCCACCCAGGCUGGCUUCCUCCUCCACUUGGAAAUGCAGCACGGCCGUGCACCCAAAACAGCUCAACAGCCUGGGGUUUCGUCCAGCGGCUCUGAUUUGGGUUGGGGCUCUGGGCUUGACCUUACGCUAAUGCAGGCCCAAGGAAUGGAUCCCAACGGGCUCCAAAAGCUGAACCCGUCUCAUCACAACCCCAGCGGUAGCAGCUCGAGUGGGCAUCAGCAACAGCAGUUUCGGCAGAGUUGCAACGAGGCAGGGUGCAAGUCGCACGUCUGUGAUCAGUGCGGCCGCAGUUACCGGCACGCCAGCUCCCUUUUGAACCAUAAGAACAGCCACAAGAUGGGCACCUAUUUCUGCAACUCCUGUCAGAAGGAAUUCUCCAACCUGAUGGCACUCAAAAACCACAGACGCAUCCACACAGAACCCAAGCGUUACCAGUGCCCCGACUGCGGCAAGGCUUUCCGCGUCUCCACCCAACUUAUCUGCCACCGCCGCAUUCACACCAAGGAGAAGCCUUUCUCAUGUCAGCAGUGCGACAAGCGCUUCUCCAGCAAGUCCAACUUAAGACACCAUCAGAAGGUCCACUGGAACAGUUCGGCACCUUCUACCGGUCUAAAUGUGGGCUCCACCAACUUUUUGGGUAUGCCCUCCGGGCCCUUUCUUUAAGUUGUGGUGGGAAUUUGACAGGCAGAACUUGUGAACUUUGAGGCCAAGGUUUCAAGAGGUGCCAAAACCCUCAUUCCCCUUUUACUCAUCUUUGUCUCUAGUCACUGUAGUGCUGAGGUGUGGCUCGUGUUGAACAGGUUGCUGUUUAUGUAAAAGAGAACUGUCCCUGCAUGUACCCUGAAACAUUGGAGUAAUCCGUGAACACAGUGUGACUGUUAGUUUUAUGUCAUAGUGACAUAUUUUUCCCCACCCUUGUCCUAAAUACCACAGGUGACCUUAUUUGCAUUUUCAUAGUUCCCUUUUGAGGCCAGGGGCCGUUGGGGCCCACUGCCUUCAUUUAUUGAUACCAGCCUUUCAAGAAGUGCAAGCUAUCUGGCGUCCUGUUUUUGGCUUUUAGAUAAGGCAUAGGAAUGUUAGAUCAGUAUCGUUUUCUUGAUGUUAAAGGAUAAAUUUGAGACACCUCUUCCUCCAUGUUCAGGGUAAUGGCUACAUGAGGCGAUCGUUUAAAGUCAUUUUUAUUAAAAUCAUACAUUUCAUGCCAUGCCCAGCUUCCCCUUUUAAUAGCAGACAAUUAUCAAUAUAAAAAAGAACACAUGUUGAAAUGAUGAGCAACGUGUAUGUUUAACAUGUAGAAUAACUAUGUUGAACAGUGCAUAGAGCGUAUUUGAAAUGUCUUCAGUUAUUGGAGGCAACACGUUUCUGUGUUGUGUAAAGUUGUCAGCCCCCCCCCCCCCCCCUUUUGUUCGACGUUCUAACUUUUCUGAAUUGUGUGUUUUUUUGCAGCACGAAGAUGAGCUUCAAAACGUAUUAUUCAGCAGACGACAGCAUUGCGCUUAAUGGGUUCACUUCUUUGUGGCAUCAUUUCUUUGUUCCUUCAUUUCACCACGUUGUUCGGAAUCCACAUUUUUAAACCGCAACUAACUAGCUAGUGUAUAGAAACGAUAGGUUGUGCUAUGAAAAAAACGGGAAAAAAGCAAAAGGGGGGAAAAAUGUAUAUUGAUAGGCUUGUAAUGGCAUUUGGUUUUACCUUGUAUUGUAUUGUACCUCUGACUGUAUUAUUUACAGGAAAACUUUUAUAAAAGAUCACUGUAGUAUGCAUUUUAUUUAUAUUAACACUUGUAACUGAAAACGCUAGUUUUAGGAUUUAUCGUUCCAAACCCUAUGUUUCCCCCUUACCGUUCUCCAUCGGACGCAGUCAGGAACGGCAGAACUUUUAAAGAACACUUCUUAUAGUGACUGUAACCCCCUUUUUCAUUGUCAUUAUUUGUUAUUCUUUUAAAAAGAACAUUUCUGUCCCUUGUGCAAUAAACAGGGAACUGUUAUAAGGUGUGUUUUGAUUGCAAUACAAUGAGUGUAAACAUAUCACCGUAUUGCUAUUGCCUUUUUCACGUGAUGCCCCCCCCAUGCUCAUGUUCGGAUUGGAUGUGCCUGUUUCACUCUGUAAGCUCACAUGUUAACGUAUACUUUUGUGAUUAUCACAAUCAGCUAGGCAAUCGUAUUUUACUCCUCAGUUACACACAUGUAUUUAUUAGUCUUUUUAUCUUUUCUUUUUAUUUAAUUGCAUUUUAGUCUUUGGAGCUUGUUUUAAACCUCUAUUACUUGGGAGCACUGGUGCUAAGUCAUGUGUUUUGAGCGAACAUUAAGUUGUGUGCGAUAUGAUCUGCGCACGGGAAGAUUAUGUAUUUAUGUAACUAUACCCUUGCAAAUUGUACACAAUUGGAUAAUCACAAAAAAAUCUUCCCAGUUGCACAACUGCUACUUGUCAGAGAUGACGAUUCCAAAAAAAUAAAUGCUAAAAGUUAA